AUGCACCGCUUCUCGCGCUCUCGUGGAGAAUCAGCAGAGCCCGAGCGCAACGAAGCACCUGUGCCCUCGACACGUAGUCUGUCACUCCUCUUUCCACCUAGGGAGUCCCACGACCGAGCCAACAAGAACACCAAGACUUCUCCGACCACGCCAAUCGAGCCUUUGUACGACCAAAACACGACCGUUACUUUCCCGCUCUCGCCGGACGACGAGCCUAGAAUCAUCAUUGCUCAAGAUGACACGGGUGUCUCGAUCGACCGCCUUCUUUUCGACUCACACUGGUCACGCAAGAGCAACAGAGACAAGUCCGACGACUUGAACAGCCCUUCAAAGAGUUUUUCUGCUAGGCCGUCUUCGUCCGCCGGCCAUCAGUCUCCGACCAGCAGUGGCUUCCUGCGAGCUCAGCACUCUCGUGGACACAGAUCCACCAUUUCUGUUGUGCCAGAACGCAAUGGCUCUCCUCCCACGCGUCCGUCCAUGCCCCGACUCGACUCGACUUUCGUUCCUUCUACACAAUUGCGCCGUACGCCUACACCAGCCUCGCUAGCCGACACUCGCAAAGACAUCAACACUCCCAUAGAAAACACCGCCGAAGAGAUGGACUCAUGGCUGGAUUGCAUGUUCGGCAAGGCCCCAAUGAGAUACAAGGGUCCUGUUACAAAAAUCCAUCAUCUCCAACGUCAGCCGCCGGACGACAGGCAAGACCUUCGCCCAAGAUCGUCACCGCGUGCCGGCUUUGGAUCGUACUCUGCAAAAGAAAGCUCCCCUCUCAAGCCCAGCUCUCACGCUUCGAAUAAGCGAAGAAAGGAUGCUUUGCUCAUGUGCACAACCUUUGCCGUAAACAUACAUGACGAAGAUCUUCCUGAGCAGUUACAACAUGCGACGUCUGUUCAUGGAUCACGCCACUCUUGUACGCUCAAGAAACGUUUCAGCACUCCCAUCUUUGGCGUAGCCAUUCUCGUACCUCUGGCCAAAAGCAGUCCAUCCCUCGAUCCUGCUUCACAGAACAACAUCUCGGAACAUACUGAUCCUGUACAAACCAUCCUUGACGACUGGCAUAUAUACGCUCGAGCUUUGGACGCUCUCAGAACCACUGCCUUGGUGCAGAUUCAGCAACGACUUCGCUCAAAAGCCGAGGCACUUGCACGUUCCAAGGCUGCUGUUUCACCCACAGUCCCUCGCCUAGUCAAAUUGGAACCGAGCGCAUUCGAGCAUACUCCACGGGUCCUUGAGAUGUCCUCUGCAGUUGUAGAUCGCAUAUCGCGCAGGUACCAGAUCCUACAUGCUGGACCACAACGAGACUGGAGCAUCUGGCGAGAUGAGUUGCGAGACUACACACGCGUCUCACAAGAUGCUGAUUCCAAGCGAGGAUUCUUCAACUUACACAAAAUCAACUUCAUGCAAGCCGCCUUGACGGCAGCCUUGAGUGUGGAUCUUGGCUGGCUCAAUAUCUUUGCUCCUCCUCAACAUCAAGCUCGUCUACGUGAAGAACGCCAGAAGACCCAAUCAACCUUCGAUAUGGCCCAGAAUCGUACUGUGAUUGUGAGCAUGGAUCAAAACAAGGCUCGAAAUCUUGUCUUCAUCUUCGCAAAGCUAUUCCCUUGUCCAGCAUCGGAGACCCAGUUCGAGAGUUUCAGGCGCUCCUCUUCGAGCAGUCAGACUUCUCCUAACAGACAAGUUUCUGCACUCACACAGGGCUUGAAAAAUGUCGAGCAUGCUCCAAACCAAAGUCUGGCAAUUGAUAGUGCCAAAGCGCAGACAAACGGGUAUAAUGCAAACGAGGCGCCUUGCACCCCGACCAUCUUCGAACCGAAGUUACAUGCCUCUCCUAGCACCUCGCCAGCCAAAUCACUGGCUAUCAACAACUCGGCAUCAUCCACACGGCAGUCUAGCAUUGUCAAUACCUCGGGAAAGAUCGAUAUAUUGGGCAAGGCGACUGUGGCCGUACCAAUCAGCGCGCCAACAUCAAGCCGCAAUACACCCUCGGGCUCUCCAGAGACCCGCCCCAGUAAUAGUCUGAACGCUCAGGGCAAUCUAAUGCGACAUCUCCAACGCGAAGGCAGCACGACCACAAGCAACGCCAGCACCGAUAACACGAGUUUAUGGAACAGUUUGCGAAGCAGCACUUGGAGUCUCCGGCCUCGUCGUGAAUCUUCGCUGACCGAAAGAAGCGAUAGCUUUGCCAGCAGCGGGCCGCGUGAGCAACCUGCAAGUAUUCUCAAGACUAGCAAAAGCUUUGCGGCUCGCCAAAGUUCCAAUAAGCUAGUGCGUAUGGUCGAAGAAGUCCAUGGCAUAGAAGAGUCUGUUGAGACCAACAGUCAACAUGCAUCAAGAAGAAAGAAGAACUCGUCACGUGUAUCGCCAAUCACCAUGGCUCACAAGACCUCUGCUCUGCAAUUCGAUCCGCCAGCCUCUGACUAUGCUGAUAUUGCAUAUACUUACAACCAGGAUGAGGGCAUUGUUGAUGUUGACUUCCCAGGAUGUACACCUGCUGUCAGUGUCACCCGCAGUCUUUCACCCAAAGUGUCUAGAUUCAAAGUACCAAGCGGCAGGGGCUGCUUUCCUCUUCACAAAGUUGCCAUGCAUGAAAACAGCGAGCAGAAGACAAGCCAAGACGCUCGAGGCUUUGCACGCUACGACAGGAUCGCUGGAUAUCUCGGAAACUUCCAUGCAGACUUUGCUUUGCAAGCUACCAGACCCUACGCAGAGCUUGUCAACGAGAUCAAAUGCGCAAUGCGGACUGAGCUGUCGCCAAUGGUAGAACCAUCAGAAAACCUCAGAGUUUUUAGCCAAGAAACAUGGAUCGACGUCUGCUCGACUGUUGUCAUGGAUGCUGAGGCUAUGACGGUCAGGAAAUUGACUCUCCGUCGACGUGUGCGGUACAAGCUAAUUGUGCCUGACGAUUCACCAAACCUGCCGAGACACGUCGCUACUGCAAAUGGACGAAAGCAGUCGAUGUGCUCAUCAAAUGGCAGUGGAUCGGAUCAGGAUAGUAAGAUCAAAGUCAUCAAGUCUGACGACAUGGACUCGAUCAAACGCACAUACAAGCGCAAUGACAAUGGCGAGAAGACCGGCUUCCGCGACAAGAGAAUUCUCAAGACUGACCUUCCCAAUGGGGGCUCGGCAGAGGGCGAGCUUAACAAUCAUGUUGCGGGCCGCCACUCGAUCGAUGCGCUCGGAAACGUUCUUCCCAAGACAGUUGAUAUUUUGGAGACAUGUUCGUCCAGUACUCAGUCUUCGCGCACCAAUGGGGGUCGAGUGGACUCACCCAUGAUGAUUAAGGAUCAGUCUGCGCUUCUCGACCACCGACCCAGUACCGUUACUGUCGUUGGUGAAGAUCUGUCGGAAUUUAUUGAUCAUCGCAAGGUCAAUAGCUUGCCUGCGAAAGAGGCAUCUGCAAUGGUGACCGCAACGAAAAGGGUGCCCAUUCACAACAAAGAGGGUAAGAUUAGUGGCUGGAAAGAAGUGUGCACCAACAAACCUGACGAACCUGGCGUGAACGACUUGCCGACCAGUUUCGUCGAGAAGCGACGCGACAAAGUAGCAGCAGUGGUAGAAUGUCAGACUCUGGCCGAGAAGUUUGACGAAGAAACCAUCAGUAAGCCUGACUCUGCAGUGGUCACUCUCUUGCAACAAAUGCUUGCCACUAGCGAGACGCGCUCACGCGUGCACUCCCGGACCAAUUCUGUACACAGUCGUGCUCCCAGUCGCUCCAACUCCAUCAGUGGAUCCGGUCUUACCGAGCUCCAGUAUGAGAGCAAAAAGAUCAUCGAGGAUGCGCUCGAAGGUCUUGUCAGUGCCGUGGCUUCUGAUAAGUAUACUUCGAGCAACGCGUCUUCUGGCGGGUUGUUCAGCUUCGCAAGGAGUGCAGUGUCCACACCCGAACCUUCGGUCCUUCGACAAAGCAUCUCUAAGUGGAUGUAUGGAGAUGCCUGA